GCGCUCUGAUCAGUCAAUGAAUCAAAGACACCAAGCGACAAUCCUCCGCCAACGUGAGGAGGGGAGGAAUAAAUAGGAUUGAGAAAGAGGCACGCGGACGUGGGGGGAAAAGAAGUUCUGUGAUGGCCGAUGCUUGAGCGAUUAUUAUUGCUGUCUGUGGUCUGUGGGCCCGAAAAAAGUUCGUGGGGCGGCAAAGGCCAAUCUGGGUUGGGCGUGACAACGCAGAAUCUGAGAGAAGGCGGAACAAGCCACGGUCAGGGACACGGAUCCUGUUAUGCAAGAUCGGGCGAUGAGGGAAUUUUGGGAUUGGGAGGGGAAAUGCAGGAACAUAUACACACCUGGAUCUGGACAGGCAAUGGAUGCGAUCCUACUCCGACUUAGGAGGGGAAUGAUGAAAUGGGGUUGAGCCGGCCGGAAAAGCAAGCCAGGAAG